UUGAAAUUAAUUAUUGAAAAUAAACUACUCUUAAUUAUUUUUCUCCACUGAACUAAAAUUACAGCCAAACAUUUCCCAAGAAUCUGUGUAAUGACUAAUGAAGCGGUUGGGCACAACAAAAAUCAUAUGAGAUCACCAAAAUCCUCGCAACAAAUGGGUGGUUAGUGUUUCAAACAAUGGAGAUUUGAGAAUUCCGCAUUACAAAUCCAAUAAUCCAAGCCAGCUAGCUGCGAAUUGCGAUAACUCCCGUCAUCCUUUGCAUUUUUCCAAUAAAAAUCGCAGCUUUUUUGCUCCCCUUUUGAAUUGGGUGGGAAAAGGGGUUGAAUUUUUCUCUACUCAUUUCCUCUCACUCACGCCAACAGUGUUUGAAUGUGUUGAAUUAGGAGCUCAGAAUUCCAUGGAGAUUGUUCGUUUUUCCAUCGGUGACGUUGCCGUUAGCUAAUCUGGUCAGCUGGAUUUUGCAGCUUUUAGUGAAGUGAGAAUGGGUAAUUAGGGUUCACGAGAAGCUGAUUUUGUAUGGCGACGGCUUCUACGGUGCCAAUUCAGUGGAUUCCUGAAGAUGACCUCUUGCUGAAGAACGCUGUCGAGGCUGGUGCAUCAUUGGAAGCACUUGCCAAAGGUGCAGUACUAUUUUCUCGUAGAUACACUUUACGAGAACUGCGCCAGAGAUGGCACUCUCUUCUCUAUGAUCCUGAUAUUUCAACGCAAGCUGCUGCUCAAAUCUUUCAACUUGAGAUAUCUGGUAUCAACCAUGUAUCAAAAUUUAACAGAUCUGAGAGCAACUCCCUAGGAAGUAAGGAUGUUGCGAAAAAGAGGAAAUCUGCGAGCAUCCGUCGAAAAUACUAUGCCAUGAGAAAAAAAUUCCGUAGUGAGUUAUUCAGCAACAGCGAUCUGGGUUUUUUUGAACCCAGUCCUCAUGAAUUUAGUGAGCAAAGUACCGAUUUUCAGAAACAAUUGAUGCGUGAUGGUAAUCGUUUGGGCCGUAGUUGUAUGAUUGGAGAUGGCAUGUCAGACCAUCUAGGACUUCAGGAAGAAGACUUAGAUAUUUUGAGGCAUGCCUUUCCGGGAACAAUAAGGGAUAUUUCUGUGGCAUCACGAUCCACUAAGACAUCUGGAGGCUAUGGACUUGAUGGGAAUGCGACUUCAUCGUUGAUAGAAGGUGGAAAUAAUAUUUUAGAGGUUGAUACCCAAAACAGAAAAAGUUCAAUGGAUGAGAAUGCUCACAAUUCUUCUGUUGGAUUUGAAAGUAGACAACAAUACAACCCCUCAAAUUCAGAUGGCUUUUCUUCUUUACAGACAAUCAUGUUCGAGCCUGAUCAGCCUCACUUGCAUCACUGGAGAAGAAUGCAGGAUGUUUCAGCUUCUUCAGUACCUUCUAGUAUGAGCCUGCAAGAUGCAGAUCAGAUUGCUGAAGAUACGAUCCCCCAUGAUGUCGAGGAUAAAGAAAAUAGCUCAACUGUAUACACAGGUGAAUUUGCUGACCCAGACUCACUUCUGAAUCUCUCGAAUGAGGAUGAGAUGUUGUUGGAGGAUGAUGAAAAAUAUGCAGCUAAUAAAUGUUGUACUGAUAAUGCUAGUUCAGUUGUCCAAGAUUCUAACAAAGACGACCAAGAAAAUGAUACAGCAAAAACUGAACCUGAGUCUGUGACAGUUGCAGAAGUUGUUCCUUCGAUUGCCCCUAGUGCAACACCUGUGGUGUCCGAAGUAACUACAUCCUCUGUUCAUGCAGACCAACCAAUGAAUAGCCAGUCAGAGGUUGAUGCACCUUCAAAGCCAACUUUGAUUUCUGAUUUUACUGGACUCGGUGGCGGCAAGAUCUGCUGCACGUUGAACACCGAGGACACGGAAAUUCCAUGCAAUGAUGAUAUAUUCUUGCUUAUACAUCCGUCUACUUCGUUUGGUUCUUCUGCAACACAACCAAACUCCACAGGUCCUGUGACAUCUGCUCAUGAAAAGGAUUAUGAGCAAGGUUUAAAAUUUUCAAUGAAAGGAAAUGAAUCUGCAAAAUCUUCUGGGUGGCCCCAUAUGGUGGGUACACAUGGCUUGCUAGAAUCACAUGCGGCGCACCCACUUGUAGGUCGUACUGCCAAAACUGAAAUUCAUGAUUCCAGAGCGCAGGCUCUACUUCCUGGAUUCGUUACCAAAACCAUUGGAGAUUCCAGUAAAGGCAGAUCACAGUAUGCGACUCCAAAACAAUGCAGCAAUAGUCUGGUCAAGAAAGAAGUUGCUGGAGUUGAUAUAAAGGUUAGACAAAACCCAGCAACAGUCACUGAGAUGAUACGAUCAACAGAAGCAGGUUCCUCAAGAAGCCAACAUCCAGAAUCAGCGGUUGACGACUCAGUGUCAGAUGAAGUCGAAUCUGGAAUUGAUGAUGAUGUACCUUAUUUUUCUGACAUCGAAGCCAUGAUACUAGAAAUGGACUUAGAUCCACACGAUCAAGACUCCAGCAUUGUUAGGCAAGUUCCAAGUUAUCAGUAUGAUGAUACCAAGAGAACAAUCAUAAGGUUGGAGCAAGGUGCUCGUUGCUGCUUGAGAAGGGCUAUGACAUCACACGAAGCCCUUGCUAUCUUGUUUGGCCGCCAUUUGAGGCAUUACAUCAGGAAGCCCGAGGUUUUACUUGGAAGAUCAACUGAUGAUAUUGAUGUUGAUAUUGAUCUAAGGAAAGAAGGAAGAGCUAAUAAAAUCUCUAGGCGGCAGGCUAUUAUCAAAAUGGAGGCAGAUGGAUCGUUCUUUCUAAAAAACUUAGGUAAGAGUUCAGUGUUGGUGAAUGGCGUUUCAGUAGCUUGUGGACAGUUGCUGAACCUUAGCACAAGUUGUUUAAUUGAGAUAAGGGGGAUGAGUUUUGUGUUUGAGAUCAACCAAGAUUACGUGAGGAAGAACUUGCGGAAAUAUUGCCUGAAAAAUAAAGGAAAGACGGGCAAAUCUGAUUGGUCAGCUGAGGACGAAUCAUGAGCAUACGAAAGGGGUAUAAAGGUUCCUUGGUAAGUGAAUAUUUGUCAAUGUAUAGGCUUACACCCUCAGGUUGAAAUAAAUAGCUUCUCUAUCCAAUAUUAGUGUAGAUAUACCAUGUUUUAGAGCUCGUCCCAGUCUAGCUGUGUUCCACACGCACUGUCUCUGUGUUAUAUACUUUAUUUAUGUACUCUACGUGUUAGAAAUUAAUGAGGUUUUCACA